AUGGAUAUAAAAGGUGGAUCUCAAAUUUGUUCUAUCAUAUAUUUUUCUGGGCUUAAGAUGAGAGAAAUGAUUUUAAAUGGAGAAGGUGAGCAUCUGCAGUUGCUAUCUGUAUCUACUGAUCUUCAUGAAAAAUUCUGGCCAUCUAAGUCAUUACACAACAAUUCCCAAGAAAAGGAAAAGAUAACAUCUUGGGUCUCUCACAUAUCUCUUUCUAAUAUACCCCAUUUCUCCUCCUACCUCACCACAAUACAUGUUCCCCUGCCUAUUCUAAAUAACACCACUUUUACUUCUCUUUCAACCCUUCAUUUUCCUACUUCUUCUUUGUUGCUCAACUCUUAUCAAUCAGCAGCAUUGCCUAACUCUGCUAAUCCCUCCACAUAUACAUAUACACUUCCUUUUUCACCUUUCGAGGUAUUGUAUACAUGGCACUUACCUGAGCCAAAUGCAUCACGGAAUUCUAAUUCUUCACCACUAAAGUCUGCCACUAUGGUGGUAUUAUUGGGAUGGUUAGGUGCAAAGCAAAAGCAUCUAAAGAGAUAUGCAGAGUGGUAUGCAUCAAGGGGAUAUCAUGUCAUUACAUUUACUUUCCCAAUGUCUGAGAUUCUAAGCUAUCAAGUCGGGGGAAAGGCAAAGCAAGAUAUUGAAAUGCUUGUGAAUCAUCUAGUUGAUUGGUUGGAAGAAGAGCAUGGAGAGAACUUUGUCUUCCACACUUUCAGCAAUACUGGAUGGUUAACUUAUGGUGUCAUUUUGGAAAAGUUUCAGAAACAAGAUAAUGCUUUAAUGAGAAGGAUUAAGGGUUGUAUUGUUGAUUCUGCCCCUGUCGCAGCUCCCGAUCCACAGGUAAUGCUGACUCAAAAAUUGUGAUAAUAAGAUAGCAUUUUUAUGUGCAAGUGUCAGAAGAGUGUUUCUUGGAGAGUAGUCUUAUUUCUGAAAGUUAAUGCAGAGCACUUGUUCAGAGCUAUACAUUUCUAUUGAAAUCCAGCCUUUUCAUGCUUUUA